AUGCCAUCGCGCAGGCUGUAUCGGACUUGUGGGAUUCCAUCGGAGACUUCUUUGGAGCCUUCGACCUGCUAUUGCUUGCCCGCGUCGAUGGAGUUGGCGUCUAAAGGGGGUCACUUGGAGCUGGAGAAGUGGCUGAGCAGGAACCACGCAGACUGGAGCACGAACAAGUACCUGCCCUAUGCGGUGUUCAGUUGGCAGUGCGAACUUGUGGAGUGGUUAAUGGACAACGCCUCCGACUGGAACGCAGACUUGGAAUUCCUCCCCAUAGACGGAAAGGGGUUGAGCGCUACAAUGCUCAAACUUCUGGAUGAGAAAGGAAAAAUGGUUCAAACCAGCAGACUCGUUAAGGCAGCGCAAUACGGACAGCUUGACGUCGUGAAGCUGCUGCACAAUGGUUGCAGCGGAUAUGAGAUCAAGGUGGCUGCGGCGGAGGCGGCGUCUCGGGACGUCGUGAAAGUACUGAAGUUUCUCAAGCCGAUGUACUACGAGUUGAACUUCGACCUAGCGGUGAAGAAGGCAGCGGCCAGUGGGCAAUCUAACGCGGCUUACGUGUUCUUGGACGACGACAAUUACGAGUACAUCAGCGGGGGUUCGGCUUUCGUUGUGGCGUGUGAAGCUGCGGCGGAAAAUGGUCAUACCGACCUCUUGCAGUUCCUUGGCCGUGAUGGAGACCCGGACUGCUACAGCUUCGACCCGGUCGGUAUAUGGGAGGGACUGGAUACUGAAGUCGACUAA